AUGGGGACGACAAUUGCACUGGAAACAAUGGUUGAGAUGAACGGUCCGACUGUGACGAACGGUGUCCUGGCAGCGCAUUAUCUUCAAUCGAGUCUAAAAAAUGGCGGCCAGGUUAUUUGGGGGAAAAAGGUGGAGUCUUUGUUGAGUAUUCUAUGGUCUGAUUCUCUUGGGGUGUAUGUCACGCGUGAUCGAAAAGAUGAGGGAGUACCCAACACGGUUAUUAAAGAGAUAUCUCUUUUGAAAGACAUGAAACAUGGGAAUAUAGUGAGGAGGCGUCGCUGCAGUCGGCAGUGGCUCUGCAGUUGGAGUUCAACCGAAGGGCGUCAAGAAUCGAGUUUGGGAUUCACCAAUGUAGAAGAUAAUCUGGCAAUAUGUGAGUAUGUUUUCAGUUCAGUAAGGAAGCAACAAUUACUGUCGGGCCUCCGGACAUUCUUAAAAGUGUACUUAAUAAUCUCCAUCCCGAAGCUGGCAGCAUACCUGGAAGUGGGUGAACUUAAAGAGGUUAGAAAUCCGAGCUUCAGGACAAUUUUGAUGACGUACAAACACAAGACACAUGUCGUGGAUUCAGAUGGAAAAAUCACCUUCAAUGCAUAUAUCAACUUUUACGUAGUUGCGAGUUUUUAUUUGCUUGCUCAAUCCUUUCAUUUGAAACUUGUGCUAAGAGUGUAUCUUGAUCCUUGCAUUCAAAAAGCUGGCCGACAAGGCUUUUUUGCCUUAGAGGGGCUUCAUCUUUCU